AUCGCGACGACCAACAAAAAAUCUCACGAUACUUUCACUCAUCACUCUCGCUUUCCCCUCUUCCGCAUCCAUGACGGCGGUGACCAUAGAUACAGUGGAAAGAUUAAAAGGCUACAAGAACAAAGUCAUCGGAAAUCUAUCCGUAAAAGCUCAACUCUCACAAGACCCAGGGUUUCUGCAGGCACUAGUCAAAUGCCUUUCAAAUCCUUCCAUUGAUGUUCAAAUUGAAGCAGCACAUAUUGUCAGCUCUAUUUCUCUCGGUUCGGACGACGCUCUUGCCAGUCUUCUCCGUGUCGAUGCACUGGGAGCAUUGCUCCGAGCGUUAAAGGAAACGACCACGACCCUUACGACCACUCCGCAGCGGAAGUCAAUUUCAACUCUCCAGUCAGCGCUCGUUCGUGCUCUCAGAUCAUUGACAGUUUCGACCGCCGACAUCGUUGGACCAUCGUUAUGGGGUCUACGACCGGAUGCGUCGGCAAUACGAAAUGAAGCUCAAGCUACACUCGACGUUAUCUUCCGGGUCAACUCAUUGGACAUUAUACUUCCUUUACUCGCCCAACCGCACAUAGACAUUGCUGUUUCAAUUGCUCAGCUAUUGGCUCAGUCAUUGAGAGUCGUACAACAUCGAACGAGUGUGACGGAGUGGAUACCGCCGGAGGAUAGAAUGAAGGAGACCAAAUCAAAGAGGGGAUGGGAGAAGGCGUCUGCACAUGGGGUUAACGCACCAGGAAGACAGGGUGGAUGGGUGGCUAGAAGUCUGGUCGGUUUAUUGGAGAGUCGUGCACACAAGGUACAAGAAGCAGCAUUAUUGGCGCUUGCAGCGUUGGCAAAGGAUAAUCCACCGGUAGCUUCGGCGCUCACGGAAACCGAAAUUCUAACGUCUGUAAUCAAUGCAUUUGCAAGAUCAAGGAUCGCGGAUGUUCAGCUGGCGGGAUGUCUAUGUGCUACCCAUAUAAUCCGUGCUUGUCCGCUAUCCUCCGAUGCUACCGCGAGCACCAUCAUCAGCGUUGUCAACCGAUUCAUCUCUCCACCUUCGACAAUACCCGCCAUAUCGCCUCAACAACAACUCAAAUCCUGCUAUAUCCUUUACCACCUUGUGAUAGACGAUGUUGCGUUAUGCAAGCUCGCCUUCUCCCGAGGCUGUUUGUUGAACUUGGCGGGGCUCUUAUCCUCAUUAACCGUCGUUCCGGUUAGAGAACCACAAACACGAUCGAGCAUAUCCAACGACACGAAAGGCUCAUCCCCGUCAUCGUCAUCUGAUAUACCCGAAGAUCUGACCGAUGAACCUCCAACAUUGUCCGCGUUGAGAGAAGCGGCGUUAAUCGCUCUUACCGCACUUGCAUUACUAGCACAUGACAUUCGGAUGUCUCUAACAGAACUGGACCUGGGGGAUGUUACUUUACAUCCGGCCUUAGUUAAUGCGUGUGUGCUUGAACCAAGUCAACCAACGAAGCAACACAAACAGCUUCUUCCAUUACUGAGAUGGACACUUUUAUCGCCGCACACUGGGGUGCGAUACGCCACAGCGGAGCUAAUUCGAGCCUUGACCCGUUCCGUUGCUGUCCUCAGGACGAGCGUCGUCGAUAGCGGUCUAGGUACUCUCAUCCUUGAACGUGUCAUGGACAAACAAGAGGAUCGAAGAGUUAUUGGGUCUGCACUGAAAGCUGUCUGUAAUGGCGUGUGCGAAUUCAGCCCUCUUCGUUCCGAUUAUGUUAACAGAGGUUUGAUCGGGAGACUAGUCGAGUUCAUCCGAGGCGUCGAAACACAUCGCCCGGGUAAUGGAGAUGAGGGAGGAAUGUCGGAAGGCUUGGUAGACACGAGUCUUCGUCCUAUUGCCUUGUGGGCAAUCAAGAAUCUUGUGAGGAAAUCGAGCGAUCAAGUUAAGACCGAUGUGAUGACUCAAUUGGGGUGGAAAAAUUUGGCUCAACUAAUGGCUAGCGGAAAACUUGAAAGUCACGGACGACAUAGAGGACGGCGACGAAAAUCGCCGAGAGGGAAGACUAGACGGGAGAGUGUCAGCGGGGGGAUUAUGGGCUUUAUGGAUAUUGAUGUCAACCUGCGCUCGGAGGAGUUCAGUGAUGAUACAGAGACCGAGGCUGAGGCUGAGGCUGAGGAUCAGACAAGGAAGGCGCAACAAGACACCGCUGCUGUCCAAGAACAGGCCAUCAAUAUUGUCAGGAAUCUUUCGGAAGACGAAAAUGGGAUAGACAUGAUAUUUGAAGAGUUUGGAAAACUCGAUCUUGCGGAAAUCUCUUUUGAUUCAACGAAAACGACCGGUCUAUCGAUACCUGUUUCAACAUCCGUUUCUCCGUCUAGAACGCCCUUCCCUUCACUAUUGUCUCCAGAACUCUCUGAUUCGACUCACGCUACCUCAUCGCAACCGCAGCCGCAUCCCAUCGUUGCAAUUCUGACACGAAUUCUAUCGGCACCUCCUACUUCCCUCCCCGAAGUUACUCUCCAAGCCACAUACACACUGGCUAAUCUAGCUAACGGUUCUCCUCUCCAACAAGCAUUGAUUCUGAACCAUCCUCCGAUACUCAGAGCCGUCAGGGACGUAAUAGCAGAGAGCGGUCGGGGUUUUGAAGGUCGAGAUGCGAGGAAGCCGGCUAUAGGUGUUGUCCUAGCUCUGGCUAAAGGUUGUGCUGGGGUUGUAGGUUCUAUAGGCGAAGUUGGAGUACCGAUCGUGAUCAGUAGUGUAAAAUGUCGACAAGAGAUGAUCGAUGCCGGCGUGGUGGGCACAUUGAAGAGGAUAUGUGAAAGUCAAGGAGGCGUUGUUGGGGUCGGCAUUGGAGUUCAUCACAGAGGAAGUCUCGGACAUUCUCACUCUUCGGUUCCUUCGACUUCACCGGCGACACCGGUGCAUUUACAUUCAUAUUCUCAUUCUUCGGACGCAGAUAAGGUGGUGUUGGACCUUGCAAAACAGGCAUUGGAUUGGCUGGAUCAUGGGGAAGGGUAUGGAGGAUUACCGUCUUGAUUGUUCUAAGAACAAAGUACGAUGUAUGUAAUUUGAACGUAGGUGCAUGCACGAAAACUGUUCUUUGUUUUUC